AGCAGAAGCUUCCAUAGCCUGCGGAGCAGCAUGGGACACCUCUUGUGUACAUUACGUCCAGCAACUAUUGGUGGUUAAAGAGGUUCCUCUGAGCAGCAGAAGUGGAGCUCCAGUAUGAAGCAGGAGGACCCUGAGACCCCAUACAUUAAAGAGGAGCAGGAGGAGCCAGAGCCCCCACACAUUAAAGAGGAGCAGGAGGACCCAGAGCCCCCACACAUUAAAGAGGAGCAGGAGGAGCUGUGGAGCAGUCAGGAGGGAGAGCAGCUUCAAGGUCUGGAGGAGGCUGAUAUCACCAAGUUCCCAUUCACUCCUGUCCCUGUGAAGAGUGAAGAUGAUGAAGAGAAACCUCAGUCCUCACAGCUUCAUCAAAGACUAACUGAACAGAUGGAAACAGAAGCUGAUGGAGAGGACUGUGGAGGACCAGAACCAGACAGGGACUCACAUCCAGAUACACAUUUACAACCAGAGACUGAGGACAAGACUGGAGACUCUUCUGAACCUGAGACUGAGGACAGUGAUGAUUGGAGGGAGACCAGAGAACCUCAGUCAGGUUUAAAGUCACUGAAAAACGUUCAAAUCCCUGUCAGUGAAAAACCAUUCAGCUGCUCUGAGUGUGGGAAAAGAUUUGGCUUUAAGAAAAAUCUGAGUAGACACACAAGAACCCAUACAGGUGAGAAACCAUUCAGUUGUUUAGUUUGUGGCAAAGGCUUCAGUGAAUAUGGAAAACUAAAGAUACACAGGAGAACUCAUACAGGAGAGAAACCAUUUACUUGCUCAGUGUGUGGGAGAGCAUUCAGCGAAAAUGCAAAACUGAAGAUACACAUAAGAACGCAUACAGGAGAGAAACCUUUCAGUUGCACAAUGUGUGAUAAAGCUUUUAAUGAGCAUCGGAGUCUAACGAGGCACAUGAGAACUCAUACAGGAGAGAAACCAUUCAGUUGCUCAGUUUAUCAGAAAUUGUAUACACACAGUGGUAGUUUAUAUACACAACUGAAAACCCACAAAGGAGACAACAGAUUCAGCUGCAGUGUUUGUGACAAAAGAUUCACUUUGUAUGAACGUCUCAGAGACCAUCAGUGUGUUGGUGGUCAGUCCUCACAGCUUCAUCAGACUCAAACUGAGGAGAACAGAGAGGCAGAG